UCCGGUUCUGGACCGUGCCUCGAUAAUGCAGGUUACCCCAGUAAAGAUAUUCCCCAGUUAAUUUCCAGAUAUUUUUGGCUAAAGAAAAGCAUUUGUCUCAACGAGAAAACUCUGGUGUUCUCUUCCCUUUUUGGAUAAAAAGGGACGCACAAAGCUGAGCUGAAUUUGUUUGUGCCAGUGUACCGCCCAUCUCCCUCAAAUGGGCUUUAGGUCCUUCCCUCUGGAGCUCUGGACCUGCGAUGGAGGAAGGAAAAACCGCCAAUCUCUUUCCUCGGCUAAUACGGGAAGGGAAGUUUACCUUUCUCCAAGAAGAGAUUGAAAAAAUUCCUGACCUGGACAGAGAUGUGAGACAGAAGCACUGGGAAAAGUCGCAAGACACCCUUCUCCACUUCGCAGCCAGGCACGGCCAACUAGAUAUCUUGCGUUACCUCACUGAGACCGUGGGAAUGAACAUUGAACUGGUGAACAAGGACUACAAGCGCCCCCUCCACGAGGCUGCCUCCAUGGGCCACCGGGAUUGCCUCUUAUACCUUCUGGAACGGAGAGCGGCAGUAGAUUGCUUAAAAAAAGCAGACUGGACUCCUCUCAUGAUGGCUUGUACGAGGAGAAACCUGGAGAUCAUCCGAGAUCUUAUCCAACACGGAGCCAACCCGCGGCUGAAGAACAAGGACGGCUGGAAUUGCUUCCACAUUGCCAGUCGCCAAGGGGAUCCCCGGGUCGUUCAAUAUUUGCUGGAUGCUUCACCAGAUAUUUGGGAGACGGAAAGCCGGAUCAGAAGGACGCCUCUCCACACAGCAGGUUGCAUCGCAUGCACCCCCUCUUAAGAGGGUUGAGUUGCUAUUAUGCUAAUACAAUAAAAGAAAUUAUAAGACUUGAAAUAUUAAAAGCGGGGAGAGAUGGAAGAUAGAAUUAGAACACCUAUUAAUGUAAGUUCUUGGUGGCACAGUGGUUA